GGCGGGCCGUUGUUUCCAGUUUUGUUAGAUUUUAGUUUAGUGAAGGUUGUGGUUGCGAAUUUGAAAAUUUAUAAUUUCGUCUUGUGAAACCAAAAAAUGGACUCUAAAGGCAAAGUUAAAAAUAGGUCAGUUAACUUUACCCCAAUGGAAGAAACCCUCCUAGCCUAUUUUGUAAAAAAACAUAAAGGCAUUUUGGAAAACAAAAAAACCGAUGCCGUCACGAAUGCAGAUAAAAAUAAGUGUUGGGUCAUGCUGGAAAAAGAAUUCAACGCUGAAAGUGGUGCCUCAUACAGAAGUGCCCAAAUUUUGAAAAAGAAAUAUGAGAAUAUGAAGAAACAAACAAAAAAGAAAAUAAGUGAAGAGAAAUGCUACAGAUUUGGAACUGGUGGUGGCCCUUUUCAAGAGUUUACUCUGACGGAAGCCGACCAAACUGUAAUAGAAAUUUUGGGGGAAACAAGGGUGCAUGGUUUGGCCACCCAAUUUGGAGGCGAUGCAGGUAAAUUGAUUAUUUUCAUAAAUCAUGAGCGGCAAAAAUUCCUUGUUUUAAUUCCCAGUAGAAAACCCAAGAGUACCCCCUCAAAUGCAGCUUAUAUUUUUUCAGAACCAAAAAAAAUAAAAACAAAGCCAAACUCAAGCAAUGUACACACUCCUCCUUCACCAACCCAGAAUUUGGAGACACAUAACAAUGAAGAAGACAUAGAAGCCAUACUUAUUUACACUGAGGAAACCGAGGAAGCAACGCAAAAUGACACUGAUCGAAAUAAUGAAAUAGAAUAUGUUGAAGACAAUGGUCAACAUGAAGAAAUUAUCACUGAAGAAAAUUUACAGGAAACAGAAGAGGAAAAACGAAGAUAUUUGGAGGAAGAACAUGAGACCAAAAUUACACUCAUGAAAGCCCUUCAUGAUGAAGAAUUGAAUAUAAUGAAAAGGGAAUCCCAAAUAAGAAUACUUAGAAGUGAGGAGGAAAAGAAAAUCAUUAUUGAAGGCUUAAAAGAAGAGCAAGAACAGAAAAAAGAGAUAUUUGAGCUACAGAAGCUUAAACUGCUCAAAGAAAUGAGAAAGUGA